CUACACUACAUUUAUUUGGAGAGGAAUAAUGCCAGUCUCCUACAUUUAAAAUUUAUUCCAAAUCUUUCAAAUGAUAGCAGAAUGAUCUUCCCAUACUUAUCAAGAAGUGACAGGAGUUAGGAAUUUAAAACCUGUUUUUGAAUCAUUUGAUUUGUAAAAUGUUUCUCAAGGCUUCAACACAAUAUAAUUGGCUGCCUAUCCUCUUCUUUCAACUGAAUGUAAAUGACCUGUCAAUUUCUGCAUAUGGCUUUCUAAAUUUAGGUGAUAAGAUAAUUUACAUUUAUAAGCGGUAACCCAAGAAGAUGCAUAGUGCAACUGUAUAACUAAUUCAGGCUAAAGGAUUGUGAUGGAGACCAUUAUUUUGUGAAGAAAUAAAUCCUGUUAAAUAAUAAACAUAAAGCAUAGCUACAAGAAUGGUGAGAAAAGGAAGAUGGCAAAGUCAUAGUAGUUUUUCAGAAAGUAGAAUCCAAAGAAACAUAUUUAGAGAGACUGUUACAGAAUCAUCAUCUCUAUUCAAUUUUUGCAGAAAAUAUGCAAAUUGUAAAAAUAUGCAAAUAAAAACACUUUGUCUCAUUAAAGUAUUUUGAAAAGAAAAGCAAAUUCAAAAUACAUUCAAGCUUCAUACUAUUCUAGCUAAGUGCAAGCAUUUAAAAAAUAAGAAAACAAUGAUUGACCUGGACAAUAUAUUUAAGAUAUUUGGGCCAUGUCAAUACAGAAUACUGUAAAGGCAAGCUUUCCUUUUUAUUCAUGUGAACUUAGUGUUACAUGAUUAGAAGACUCUAUCUAGUAUAAGGGUGAGAUAAAUCUGGUUCACAUUCUAGCUUUGGCAACCUAUUAGCUCUCUGAAUUUGGACAAGUCAUUUAAAGUCUCAGCCUCUUGUACUUAUCUACAAAAUUGAGUUGUUAGCAGAAUUAAAAGAUGUGGAAGUUAGCUUCUGCUCAAUAAAAUUAUGUCAAUGUAAAUAGGCAAUGUAGCUAACAUUGCCAUCCAAGUAGUGUUUUAUAUCCUAUAUUAUUUGGUUUGCCUACCCACCAGUAUAAAUUUCAUAGAGAGGUGCAAAUGAUGUUUAAUUAAGUUGGCUAAAUGGAUCUUGUUAUACAUUGGCAGCCACGUGGUAUAUUAUAAAUGAUCUACGGCUUCGUGUUCAGAGAUCUAGUUUUGACAUUGGCUCUGCUAUCCAGCAACUGAGUGAACCUAAACAUGCCACUAAAAUCACUUGAGCUUCAUAUUAAAAACUGGAGAGGGGAGGGAAAUAAUGCAGAACCUAUUUCAGAAGGUUAGAAUAAAAAUAAAUGAGCUAACAUGUAUGAAGGCGCUUUAUAAAAAGAAGCUCUCCAAAUAAGUGUCAGAUGAUGAAACACGCAAGAAGAGGGUUUUGGAAGGUACUGUAUUUGAGAUUGACAUGAAGGAGAAAAAAAAAACCUUAGCAAUUACAAAAUGAAAAUAUUUAAUUUAGAAAUACCAAAUAAUCUACAAACUUUUACUUCAAACUUCUUUAACUUUCUUCUACUUUGUGUGGCAUGCAUAGUGCUCUGAUAGCAAUGUGUUUAGAAGGUUGUAAGAGGAAGGCUGCUCAAAAAAUACAUUACGCAGAUUUGGAAGGGGGUGGAGGUAAAGUUAGAAUUUCUGAGUCAUUAAAACAUCAGAUAGCACUUUCUGAAAGGUGUAACUUUAUUUAAAACUGUGCUGCUGUGAAUUCUACCAUGCUGCAGACACCUCUGAAUCAACAAUCUCUGUUGGCAAAUUGUUAUGCUGACAAAUUCUCACACAGACUGAAAAGUUCCAUUUUGUAAACAAAUAAGUGGGUUACUAAUGAUCUAGCUUACCACCUGGAACUUUGAAAAGUGGGGCCCUGGCUUGAGUGACCCUGAAUAAUCUAUUUCUCACAUUAGCAAAGCAGACUCAAGUAUUUAUCACCAAAAUCAGAGAGCCACUGUAUGAAUGUAAUGUUAAGUCUGAUAGUCUUCUUCAAGCACGAACAGCACAUCACUGACUUCAUUGGCUGGAGUCCCUAAGAUAGUAAGAGGGGCAUAAUGUGCUAAUGUGGUCUUCUUCAUACCACUAGGGGCUCUGUUUCACUUCUGUCCAUAACAGAACACAUUUAUUUCCUAGAAGAAUGAUCCACAGGUCUCUUGGCCAGGAUAUUUGAUGUACACACAUGGGAAUGCACCUGCAGGCAAAUACAGGUUGGGUGAUGGGCACUUUUUCUCCUGAGUCACAGUCAGUCACAGGGGCUCUAGUUUUGUGCCUUCUGAUCACUACCCCCAGCAUCUACAAGGAAUGAACUGGACAUGUGACAUACCCAUGCAGCUGGGUGAAAAAUCAUCAGCCAUUACAGUGAAGGGAAGUAGGUGAGGUACAUGUGUAUAUCAUAGACUUUGGAGCAAGCAAAGUGCACAUAUGUUACAAAAGGUAAAGUGUGCACAUAACAAAAGAUGUACAGGAACAGUAGUGUCCAAGAAGGGAUGUCAGAUGUGGAGAUAGGAGGUGCUGGGCCCAGACCCUGUUUGUAGUGCGAUUAACUGAGAUGUCUAAUAAAAGCUUAACACGGGGUCUAGAAUAUGGGAAAUCCUCAUAUAUCAGUAUUAUUAGGAAGUAAUUUUCUUUCCACUCCUUUAAUAAAAUUCCAAUUUGAGCAUCACCUACAUAUUAAAGGGGGUUUCAUUUCAUGAUCACAAGGCUCCUCCUAGCUCAGUGAGUAGAAUGAACCUAGUGGUAAUUUUACCUUUGGGCAGCCUUGUUUUAUAAAGGGCUAGGACUCAUUGUUUUAUAAGGACAAGGCACCUCUCUAGCCUACUAAUUGGUGGUAAGGUGAGAGAAUGUAGAGGGGAAUGCUUGUUUUUGACCUCAAUUUUGGUCCCAGACUCAUUUCUCAUGUACUUUCACCUUCCCAGUUCUAGAUGCUUUAAAUUCUCCAGCCCAUGUCUGGGAUGGCACAGAUUUACCUGUCGUCUCAUGAAGAAAGAGCAGGACCCAAAAGAAACAAGGAAUCUGGAAGUUUUGUCAUCAGAUCAACAACCUAGAAGUUAGAAGAGUUUAGUCCUGUGUGAUCAUGCAAACAAUGAUCUUCUUUCCUAUCUAGAAAGCAGAAAUGAUAUCCAGCCUUCCACACCUGUGAACACAGGCCUGAGCACCCAUUGUCCAGGUUAACAAAGAUGUCCUCAAGGGCCAGACCUGAGCAAAAUUAGAAAAUAGAGGUGGUAUGUUGCAACAAGCACUGGAACAGAAGCCGUGAUACCUGGAUCCUGGCUCUGCCAUUAACUAGUUAUGUGACCUUGAACAAGUCAUUUCACUUGUUUUGAGUCUUGGUUUUGAGUCAUUUGACUUGGUUUGAGUCAUUGCAUUUUUUAAGCCUUGGUUUUCUUAUAUGUAAAAUGUUUUACACAUAAGAAACGUUAUCACAUUUUACAUAUAAGAAAACCAAGGCUCAAAAAAGUGAAAUGACUUGUUCAAGGUCACAUAACUCAUUAAUGGUAGAGCCAGGAUCCAGGUAUCACAGCUUCUGUCACGGUUCAAAAACUCCCAAUAUUUACUGACAAGAAGAAAACGUUUAGAAAAUAUUUUAAUCAGAUAAAAAAAAACAAAGUUGUCUUGAAAAUGAGGGUCAGCCUUCCACAAUUAUGCCCUCUCCCUCUCAUUUGUUUCUCUGUCUCUCUCAUUCUUUUUGAUUCCUCAGUUUAUAAUAAAGUGUUACCACCAUAGGUGACACCUCCUUUAUUGGUAUUUGUGUGCUAAGAAAUCAAGCCUAUCUGGCGUUAGGAUUUCAGAUGCUUGCAAGCCAAAGAAUGUGGAGGAAGACUGUUUUUGCAAGUGCACGCAUGCAUGCGUGUGUGUGUGUGUGUGUGUGUGUGUGUUUUGAGGGAGAUGAGUAACUGGUAUCCUCCUUAGGCAGAAUACUCCAAAGACAGCAGCCUCUCUAGCUGAGGCAAGGUUGAUUGUGCAGAGAGCCUUUUACAGCGUGGCCCACAGACAAUAUGAAAUUCUCUCUCCUCUGCAGCCUUGGUCUGCAGUGACACUGGCAGAUGCUAAACUUCGGCCUGUCUAGAACAGUUAAUUAGGUUAUAGAGGCUGCCAAAAAUCCCAAAGUCAUCCAAAGAAAAUGCAACACUUUAAAAUCUGAAGCAAAGGUCAGAAGACACAAACAUUAAUCCUAUUUCUAAGAAGAGAGAAACAAACAAAGAAGGAAGGGAAAAAAGAAAGGCAGGAAGUCAGGUCCCUGCUAAUCUGGCAGCUUCUAAUUAAUCUUUUAUAAACAAUAUUGAGAUCAGGCAUAAAGUGAUCCUCGCUCUUUUCUCCAGUAAUAGAUACUGUACAUUCACGUACGAUGAUAUGCAAUAAACACCGUAUAUUUGUGACCUUUCCACAGCUCUCAGUCCAUCCCUCUUGAGACAACAGAGGAUCCUUCAGGGACCCCCUUCCUGCUGGAGAAUAUUUCCACCCGAGAAUGAGUCUGGAGUGAAGAAAUUGAAUCAAUUAAAUAGCUGGGUAUGUUCAAGCCUUCUUUAUGGGCUGCAUCAAAUUAUCACAAAGUAAGAACUGCUGCUGUCUGCCCCCUGGUUCUCAGCAGUGGAGAGGCAGCCUUACAAACCUAGAGACCCAAUUCUUCCAAAGAGGUUACCCCAGAACGUGUGUGCUGGGGCUGGAGUGGGGUAAAAAAAAUGAACAGCAGUGCAUGGGACUUCACUGCCACCAGCAGGCCCCAGAGGAAGUGCAGGCCCAGAGGAGGCCAGGCUGCUUAGAUUAGGAGCAUCCAGGCAAGAAGAGAACACAUGCGUCUGAACUGCCUCACCCUGUGCCCGCCCACCCCUUCUUCCCCAAUCUCAAAGAUUUGGAAAAACUGUUAUUCUUCCGUAAAAGACAGGUGUCCCUGCCCAAAAGCCCAGAAUAAGUGAUUUAGAGACUAAACUGCAAUUAAGGCUACAAACACUCCCUUCUCCCGGCGCCCUUAGUCUCCAACACAUUUACACUUUAUUUUGCGAGGUCUUCGUUCCUGUCCUGGCUUAUGCAGUAUUUCCAUGGGUGCAGUGGAGUGGAAGGGACACGGCGAUUUCACAUUUGGGUCCCUCUGCGUCUCAUGUCACCUCAGACAUGGACUGGACCCCUGCGCCCUCCACCUUGAGCCUGGAACCCGAGGACGGCCGCGCGUCCGCUGUGGCCGCCCUGGAUCAGCUUCAGGUGGAGCUGACCCACGCGUUGCACUGACUUGGAAAAGCGGCUGAAGUGCGCACAAGAAGCUGCUGUCCACAGCCAGCUCUGAUUUCUCGCACCCCGGUCCCAAUCCACGGCCACCUGCACUUUGCGUAACGUUGCGCAGGGGGGCGCUCCCGAGAACCCACACCCUCCCGCCCGGCCCAGGUGCGCACCGGCCCGCGCGGGGAUCCAGCAACCUGGCGGGCGACGGGACCGGGAGCCGCCAGGCGAGCAUAAGAGCUGGUGAGUGCGCCUUGAUGGGAGCAGAAAGGCCCCCUAGGAGCCUUAAAGGCCUCAGAGGAGCUACCCGCGGAGAUCCGCUCCCGGAAAGGUUCCGGGACCACGCGGCGUGGAGCACGUGAACUGCGCAGCUUGGCUAUAAAAACCCCCGCUCAGACGCGCGUGGGGAGCAAGCGGAGCGGCAGGACGCUGCCACCUGCGCCAGGAGAGAUAGGGAUGAAGCGACCCUCCCUCCAGGACGCCAGAGACAAUCUGGAGACUUGAUGAUUCAAACUCUCCGGGCCUGGCUUGGGGUUGUGUGCGUCGAACUUUGAGACUGGAUUCCCUGCACUUGGGCAGAGACGCGCAGACGCCCGCGAGUGUGGAUUCCCGAAAAUUCUCAGGGCUCGUGUGACCUUUAGGAGAGUUGGAGGGGGCGUAGUAGAAGUCUCAGGCUAAUUGAUUUCUUGUCCUCCACCACGGAGGCAGCCAGGAGCCCUCGGCUGUCCACAGAGGAGCCUGGGAGACCCCUGCGCACUCCCGAGGCCCCCGCGCCCAAGCCCCGGCCGUCCUCUAAGCCGCAGGUUAUUUCUGUGCCCGAGAGAGGCGGACUCGGAUAAAGUCGGGACGCCUUCUCGUACAUAAAGUUUCAUCUGCUCUCCUCGCUCGCACUGUCCCUGCCGCCUGGCGGCCCCCUCCUCCCACGGUGGGCGCGGGCGGGGAGAUGGCCGCCGGCGCUUCCCGGCGCAAACUGGCGCUGAGCGCGUAGCCGCAGCCACGCUGACCUCCCGCUCCAGCUGGCUGCUGCUCUGAGCCCUGGCAGCAGGCAAAGGCGGAGGCCCAGAGGGGCAAGAGACCUCUGCGACAGGGGCCCGAGGGUCCGUAUGGCAGCUCGUCGCCGGCGGGUGCUGUGCGCCACUGAGCUCGCCAGUGGCGCUUCGGGCUCGGAGCGACUCUGAGCGGCGCCGCCUGCAGAGAUCGACCCGGCAGUUCCGCGGAGCCGCGGGCAGGAACCCGAGGAGCAGGAGGUGGCGGCGGCGGCAGUGGCUGUUCCUCCCAGAGGGCGAUGUGGCCGGCAGGCGCGGGCACCAAGCUGCCCUGUCCCCGAGACUCUGCGCUCCGGCGGGCAGCUUUCUCUGGUAACCUCACAGCCCUGCCCUCUCACCUCGUGCCCGCCGGCCGCAGCGUCCGGGUCUUCAUCAGCGCCAACCCUGAAGAUACGGGAGCAGAAAGACAGGCACUAAGAGAAAAUGUAUAUCCUAAACUGAGAGAAUUCUGCAGAGAAAACUAUGGAUUGGAAUUUCAGGUCAUAGAUCUGUACUGGGGAGUGGAGGAAGAUGACUGGGACAGCCCAGAGCUCCAGAAGACCCGCAUGAAGCUGCUGGAGGAUUGCUUGAAAACUUCUGCAGGUCCAUGUUUUGUUGGACUAUUAGGUGAAAAAUAUGGGAAUAUCCGAAUCCCUGGAGAAGUUGAAGCCUCAGAGUUUGAAAUGAUUUUGGAUGCCGCCAUAGAGGCAAAGCUGGAGACCAAGUUGCUGGAGGAGUGGUACUGUCGAGAUGAGAACUCGGUGCCAGCAGCCUAUUACCUCAGACCCAAGGCAGAAAUGCUGAAAAGCAAUAGAAAUGCAAUGCAGCCUUCUGCCAACGCUGAAAAUGAGAAGACAUGGCAAGAGGUAUCAGAUGAGAUCAAGAAGAUAUUCAAGGCUGCUGUAAAGCUGUUACACGAAAAGGGUAAAAUGAAACACAGCCAGGCUAGGAGGUACCUGUUCUCAGCUAUAGAGGAUGAGUUUGACUUUGCUCUGGGAAAACAAACUCCAGCAUUUCUAAAGAAGUGUGUUUGCUACAUUAGGAAAAUUGCUAACAUUGAGCGCUUUGUGAAAAUCCCAGAGAUGGGAAAAUACAUGGAUAUAACUGGAACAGAACCGAGGAUUAUUCGGGACCCAGAAGCCCAAGAGAAGCUGAUAAAACUCAGGGAUGAAUUUAUUCCUACUAUUGUUGCAUCAUCUAAUCUGAGAGUGUACACAUCUGUUACUCAUUGUGACAUGAAACUAGGCUACUCCCAAGAAAUAGAAAAUCAUUACAUCGAAGGACUUGGUAAACAAUUUUAUGAGGACAUGAUUGACAUAAUUCAGGCAACGGUACAACAGAAUUUUGACACUGAAACUGAUACACUCUAUGACGAAAUCCUUCAACAUUCAUCAUUAUGUAAAACAUAUGCCUCCUUCUACGAGUACAAAUGUGAAUCUCUAAACAUAGUGCAUAACUACAUUCUUCCAAGCAAAACUGGACACAUCAACCCUCUUAUUAUAUAUGGUGGGCCAUGCACUGGGAAGACCCUUCUGCUAGCUGAAGUAGCAAAGAAGGCUUAUGGCUGGCUACAUGAGGACACAGGACCAGAAUCUGACCCAGUAGUCAUCGUGAGAUUUCUAGGAACGACGGAUAUGAGUUCUGACCUUAGGACUCUCCUUCUAAGUGUUUGUGAACAAUUGGCAGUUAACUACCGGUGUCUGGUUCAAAGCUACCCUAAGAAGAUCCAUGACCUCUGUGACUUAUUUAUAAAUCUUUUGAAUGAGUCUUCACUGCAGAGACCUCUAGUCAUAAUAUUUGAUGCACUAGAGCAGCUCUCAGAGAAUGAUGACGCCAGGAAGCUUUGGUGGCUCCCAGCUCACCUGCCCCGCUUUGUCCGGAUAGUCCUUUCCACACUGCCCAACAAACACGGGAUCCUGCAGAAACUAAGGUGCCUUAUCCAUGAAGAAGACAACUACAUCGAGCUGAUUCCCCGAGACAGGAAGAUGUGUAGCCAGGUUCUCAAACACCAGCUGCUGCGUGUCAAAAGGAAGGUCACAUCAGGCCAGCAGAUUUAUGUGAACAAUGCAUUCUCUAAGUGCACACUGCCAAUGUUUGUGAACUUGACCUUCAGGGAGGUGAGACACUGGAGAUCUCACAAAGAUGUCGAUGAAUCCUCCCUCGCUGUCACCGUUCAUGAAAGUAUAGAGCAGUUAUUCUGGUCCUUGGAGAAGAAGUGUGGUCAGAAACUGGUCUCUAGGGCUCUUGGCUACAUCACCAUGGCCAAAAUGGGUCUUAGUGAAAUGGAAUUGGAGGAUGUGUUAGCCCUAGACAACAGUGUAAUGAGCGAGCUCAAUGAAAACACCAGACCCAGCAAUCCCCUGAGAGUACCUUAUUUGUACAUUGCAAGGCUCAAGGAGGGUCUCAGUGGAUACCUAAUAGAAAGACAUGUGAAAAAUGUCACACUCCUAGUCUGGGCCAACAGACACCUGCAUCUCAUAGCCCAGAAGCUAUAUCUGCAGGAUGACAAUGACCUGCGUGAAAUGCACACCAUCCUAGCAGAUUAUUUUCUGGGGGUUUGGUCAGGGGGCAGGAGGAAAGCCUUCUGCCUCGAGGAUCCCUACUUGAAUGGCUGCCUUGACUUGGAGAGCAGAAGCUUGCUGGAGGAAGAAAAGCAUUUCAUGGAACAGGCUUCCUUUGACAGGCAGGCUCCAGACCAGCCCUGGGUUUUCCAGUGUAAUCCCCUGGAACCUGACAUCUUUUUCGUCAAUCAUCGGAAAAUGUCUGAGCUUUUGUACCACUUGACAAGGUGUGGAAAAACCGAUGACCUGCUUUAUGGCAUCAUCAUGAACUUCAGCUGGCUUUAUACCAUGAUCAAAAUUGGCCAGUUUGACAAAGUGCUUUCAGACAUUGAGCUGGCUUACAACUACUCGCAAGAGAAGGAGCUGAAGUUCCUGGCCAGCACCCUCCGCAGCAUCAAAAAUAAGGUCAUUGCAUUUCCCGGCUCCCUUUCAGCAGAGCUUCAGCAAAGACUGCUACCUGUUGUCAGCUCCCUGCCCAAACUUAGACAUCUUCUUUUAGAGUGUGACAAAGACGGGCCCAAAUAUUGCUCCAUUGUACCACUGCAUUCAUCCAUGGAUGUGACAUACAGCCCAGAGCGUCUUCCCUUAUCAUCCAGUCACCUGCAUGUCACAGAGAUCCUGCCUACCUGUAACCCCAGCACUGUCCUCACAGCUUUAGAAAAUGGUUCCAUCAGCACCUGGGAUGUAGAGACUCGACAGCUACUCAGGCAGAUCACCACAGCCCAGUCUGUCAUCCUGGGCAUGAAACUCACCAGUGAUGAAAAGUACCUUGUGGUGGCUACAACAAAUAACACCUUGUUGAUUUAUGACAAUGUCAAUUCUUGUCUCCUGUCUGAAGUAGAAAUCAAGGGGACUAAGCAUGGAAGCAGCGCCACCUACAUCAAUGGAUUUACACUGUCCGCCAACCAUGCCCUUGCAUGGCUCGAAGCCAGCAAAGACGUCACUGUCAUCGAUCUGCUGUACGGAUGGCCACUUUACCAGUUCCACUGCUGGUAUGAAGUGACGUGUGUCCAGUGCUCCCUGGAUGGUCUGUAUGCUUUCUGUGGCCAAUACCUGAACACAACCACCAUAUUUCAUUUAGGGAGUGGAGAAAAGUUAUGUACAGUGUCAUCAGAAUUUUCAGGUGGAUUUGUGAAGUUUCUUCUUAUAUUGGACACGGCUCAGGAAAUGGUCAUGGUAGACAGUGAAGGAAGUCUUUCUGUUUGGAAUACCGAGGACAUUUCCAGCCCCCAGCUGACUGAUGACUUUGAUUGCCGAAGAGAAGACAGCGAGGUGGUCAGCAUUGAGCUUUCAGAAGACCAAAGUGCAGUUUUGAUCUGUAAAGCCCUCAGCAUUGAGCUCUUAGAUACUGGUCUGUGGAAGGUGGCUGAAAAGUUCAGAGCCAAGCACAACGAACGCUUUAUAUCUGCCGUGCUGUCUAAAAAUGGAGAUUGCAUCAUCGCCACCAUGGAAAAUACCUCAGCUGUGUUUUUUUGGAGGCGGGACACAGGACAGUGUAUGGCAAGUUUGCGGGAAAUCUCAGGUUCCAUUGUUAAGUUAGUGAAAUCCAGUCACCACAAUAUGCUACUAUCUUUAUCAACCAGUGGUGUUCUUUCCAUCUGGGAUAUAGAUAUAAUCACAGCUAUGUCCAACAUAGAUAAGACUGGAAAACCCAUCCGAAGUCUAUUGUUGCCUGCUAGAGGGGAAAUCAUUUACUCCCUGGAUGGAUCCGAUUGUGUUCAUAAGUGGAACUUCAGCAGUGGCUUCAUCGAAGCAGUGUUCAAGCAUGAAGGAAUAGUUGAACACUGUGUGUUAACAUCCACUGGAGAUGUAAUGGUGACAUCAGAUGACAAAAGUAGCCAGUAUGUCUGGCACACCAGCAGUGGUGAAAACCUUUUUCGAAUUAACGGGCAGAGAAUAUCUCAGCUGCUGAUUACACACAAUGACCAGUUUGUGGUCUCGCUCUGCGAGGAAAAUGCCUCCAGGGUUUGGAGGCUCGCCACAGGCCACAGGGUCUGCAACAUUCUGACCACUUUGCAGAAUGCCUUUAUUACCUCUGCAAAUACCUUCGUAGUGGGAAUGACUAAAAGCAAAGUGUUGGCAGUCAGUCUCUGGACAGGAAGUAUCACCAAGAAAUUUUGCUGUGAAGAUGGGACCACCAUCGUGAAUUUUAAAUUAAUCCCUGACUGUCCUGAUAUCGUCGUGUUUAUCACAUCGGCCGAGACUGUGAACAUCUGGAGUCUGACAGAUGAAGUGAUCUGUCGGCGCGUGCAACUUCCAAACAACUUCUUGAAAAAUCUGGAGGAUUUUGAAAUUUCUCCCAAUGGAAAGCUAGGCAUUAUAUCCAGGGGAGAUGAAAACAUCAACGUGCUAGAUUUACACAGUGGUAAAUUGCGGGUGGUUCACGCCUCUGGGAUCAUCUGGCGGCAGAGGUUGUCUCGGGAUGGUCGCUACCUGGUAUACAUUUGUUUCCGAAAUGGGGAGGAGGAGGAUGAAAAUGGUGCAAUAUUCAGUUUAAUUGUAAUGAGACUGGCAGAUGGCAAAAAUAUCGGUGCUUGUUCCCUUUACAAAACACCAACUUUCCUUGCACUCUCUCAGAGGCACCUGAACAUCAUUGUGGGCUUUGAUGAUGGGAGUAUAGGGAUAUACACGGUAGUAGACCGUGUAGAUGCUGCACUGAAAAUAAAAAUUGCCACUUCAAAUAGCAGACAAAUUUUCAACAAUGCAACACACACCUCCAGGCCAAAGUGUAACAGUUAUUGUUUUAAAAUAUCUGUGGAUUGCUUAUGGAGAGAGUCCACUGAGGUCUUUGCAAGAGACAGCCCCAUCACAGUUAGUGACUCUACUGAGUCCAAUGAAGCAACACCCUCCAAGAAACACAACUCUUGUUAUGAGCGGGUGUGCUCAGCCCUAGAAACCAGGGGCCACAGCUAUGCCCCUGAUAACUGACAAAAUGUUUUCCAGCUAAGCAGAAAUAUGUGAUCCACAUACAGAAGAAAGAAAAAAAUGUGCCCCAAAUGAUAAACUAUUCAUUUCUUAAAAGACAGGAGCAAUGCUGGAAUUCCAGUGUUUUAUUAAGAUGUUCAUGAAAUGGACAAAUAGGAGGUUGGUCUUGGGUGCGGUCCUUUUGUCAAAGUGUAUCCAGGAAUGUCAGAAUUUGUAGUAGUAGUAUUUAAAUGGUUACUUCAUCUGAAAGGCAGCGGCUAAAAGUUUUUAAAUUAGCUGUGUGGUGAGGCAGCAUAAUUCAUCCCAUUGGUUAAGAUGAGAGAGGCUAGAGUUAUAUACAGAUCAUUUGGAUGGGAAUUAGUUCUACAAAAAUCAGCUGAAAUCAUGAAGACAAAGAGAUGCUUGACUUCAAAUGAUUGUGCGAUAAGUAAACAUAGCCUUAAUCUCUCUUUACAUUUUACAGUCCUGACAACUGUGUACACCUAGUCUGCAGUGAAUGGUCUAAAGGUGCAAAAUAAUGUAACAAAAAUACCUAAGUGUAUUCCCAGUUUCCCAAGAGAUAUGACCUGAAAUGUGAGACUGUGGACUGGACUGGGACAAGAACUAACUACCACUAUCAUAGGGCUACUGAACAUGGAGAGUCAGUCUUUAUUAAAAUACAGUUGCAACAAUUGCAUGCAAGGGUUUCUGUAUAACAGAAUAUAUGAUUUUUAAACUAUUUACUGGGUUGCAAAAGAACACGUUUAAUAAGACACAACAAUCUUUUCACAUCUUUUUGAAAUGCAUAUUUGUGCUGGUGUAAAGAAGAAUUACAGGAAGGGCAUUACAAAUCUGGUCAAAACACCUGUCCAUUUACAUCAUUGUACUAACAGAAGUCUGUACUAUUUGGUCAGUUGUAUGGGAGCAUAAAUAUUCCCUAAAUUCCUGCAGUGAAUAGGAAGCAAGCUUUCUCAACAUGCCAUCUCUGAGAUACUGAUGACGUUUGCCUUACUCACAUUCCUUCUCUUUCCUGUGUAAAAUGCAGAUAGAUGACCAAAUACUCUGGGACAAACUGAAUAUGCCUGUCUUUGUGCUAAAAUAUUCCAUAAAUCUUAAGGGUGUCCAAAGGUUCUUUAUUGUCCUUGUUUGUAAUCACUUUCUUACUUCUACAUGCCAUCUGUAUGCUUCUUUAUCUGUUACUCUUCCUGAUUAAGGACUCUUCUGAGCCUUUUAUAGUGUUAUCCAUUUCAAAGCAGAAGCUGUGGAAUGGUAUUAAAUAUUUUUUAAAACUACUUCACCUGUUUAAAAGAAAACAUUACAUCUCAAAAGGUGAAGAUGAGUGUUCUUUCUUCCAUAUCCUCCUCAUGGCAUGUCCUUGGAUAACUUUUCAAAAGGUAUCCACGCUUUUGGUUUAGUUUAGUUUUCUUAGAAAGUGGAGAAGUAACAAUUUACUACAAUAAUGAACUAGAAACUAACUGAUUUGCCGUAGGUCCAGCUCUGCUAUAAAUUCAUUGUGUAUUCCUAGACAGGCCUUUAACCUCAUCAGUGUGUUGUUUUUGUGGAGUGCAAAAUAAAGGUAGUGAUAGUUUCUGCUGUAGCCCUCAUAGGGACAUUGGGAAGCAGUAUAAGAAAAACUUCAGCAACAUCAUGAUUAUUGAUGCUAAUGGGGAAAAUAAAUUCAUGUAACCCAUAGAGAAUCCAAGUCAACUGUAUUUCCCUUUGGAAAGCAGUUUAACAUGUAAGCUUUCAAAGAUGUGAUUCAGAUAAAAAUACCCAGCUCCACAGUGAAAGACUUUUUGCAGUAUGUUACUUCUGGUUUAGCUACUAGCCAGGGAGGUGGUAGCCCAGAGAAGGCAACCCACAUACAGAUCACCUGGAGUUGAUUAUAUGCGUCUACGCUUUUGAGCUCUUUAGGCAACACAUUCUCAUUCCUGUCAUUAUCAGUUGAACCUCCAUGCCACACAUUUCUAAGAAUUAAAUGCCUAGAUGGAUUAAAUGUAGUAUGUGAAUGUUCUACGUAAAAGCCAAUAGAGUAUACAAGUGACUUGAAUGAUUUUUCCUAACUUGUUUGCAACUGAUAGCUCAUAUUGAAUGUUUUUAUGUAAACUUUGUAUCGUUGGGAAGAAUUACCCAAUCAGAGAUUUAUAUUUUCAUAAAUGUUACAUUUAGUUAAAUUUUGUUACAGAGUUGUUACACUAGAAAAUUAUUUCAGUCUUCAAACAAUAUACAGUCUUGUGUAUGUAUUAUUUGUAUGAAUAAAAGAUAAACUACUUAGA